UAGAAAUAGAGGGUGGCCUUUAGGACUACAUCUGUGUAGACCUGUAUUGCUCCUUCUCUGAUAUCAUUGCCCAAGCACUAAAACCUGCAGGAGAUCAGUCCGAAUCUGAAGAACAUGAAGAAGUUAGAUUCUACAGUCCUCGCCAGACGAGCAAACCAGAUCAAGGAAGAGCUCAGACAAAAAUUGAGAAAGCCAUACAAGCAAGUGAUAGAUCUGUACUGGGGAGACCCGCACACUGCAGGUGUGAAGCCUCUGUCCUUUGUCCGACAGGUUCUUGCAGCAUGUCUUUACCCUGAUCUUGUGAACAGCAACACGCUUCCAGUGGACGUCAGACAGAGGGUUCAGAGGUUGCUUGGAGAAUGUGCCGGAGGGAGUGUAGGUUCUUAUACUGCUGCAGCUGGCAUACCAGAAAUAGUCCACAGAAUCUCUGAAUUCAUAACCAAACGAGAUGGCGGGGCUCCAUCAGACCCUAAAAACAUCUACAUCAGCCCCGGCUCUCAGUGGGCUCUCAGGAACAUUCUCAAGGUCUUGGUGAACAGCCAGGCUUCCCCCAGAACAGGUGUGCUGACUCCAGGGCCGUGCUACCCCCUCACCAAUUUUACAAUAGAAGGGUUGGGAGGAGUUACUGUCCCGUACUGCCUCAGCGAGGAGCAGGGCUGGGAGCUGCAGGUGGAGGAGCUGCAUCGAGCGCUGGACUCUGCAAAGGGAGUCUGCAACCCUGUCGCUCUGUAUGUCAUCAACCCUGGAAAUCCCGCAGGUUAUGUUCAAAGCAGAAAGACAAUGCAAGAGGUGAUCCGGUUUGCUUCAGAGAAGAGGCUCUUCCUUCUGGCUGAUGAGGUCUAUCAGGAAUGUGUUCAUGGGGAAAAGAGUGAGUUUCUCUCUUACAAGAGAGUUCUGUCUGACAUGGGUCCUCCUCUCUCAGACACGGUGGAGCUAGCAUCCUUCCACUCAGCAUCCAAAGGCUUCAUGGGAGAGUGUGGUCUGCGUGGUGGAUAUGUGGAGCUGGUAAAUCUGGACCCUGAUGUUAUGAAAUGCAUCGACAAGCUGUUCUCCACAGACUCCUGUGCUCCUGUGUUGAGCCAGAUUGCCCUGGAUUUGAUGACGAGCCCUCCACAACCAGGAGAUCCAUCGUACCCACUGUAUAGUGAGGAGAUACAACACAUCAAGACUAUGAUGGUUCAUAAUAUAAAGAGAGUCUUUGAGGUAUUGAACAGCCUGCCGGGUUUCUCCUGCCAGCCGGUGGAAGGAGGUGCCUUCGCAUUCCCCAGACUGCAUCUUCCACCUAAAGCCAUUCAGAAAGCCAAGGAAAUGGAAAUGGAAACAGAUUUGUUCUACUGUAUGAGACUCCUGGAGGAGGCUGGUGUGUUAGUCCAACCUGGCAUGGAGAACGGACCAAAGGAGGGCACCCUCCACAUCAGAUUCUGCAUUAUGACCCCUGAGGACACCAUGGAAGAAAUACUGAGCCGCCUGAGCAGCUUUCACACACAGUUUAUGAAAGACUUUUCUUAAAUGAAGGCACUCAGAAAAAAAGUCAGGAAUUAUUAUUGUUUAUUUUGUUAUCUAUGAUCAGUUACAUAAUGAAGCUGAAA